AUGGGCAGAAGAGCAUUCUGCGUUCCCGCGCUGGUCACGGGCUUCUUGGCUUUUGCUCUGCUCUUGCUGUCCACUAUCAGCACUCCUCUGGAGGGAGCCAACAGCUCUCCCUUCUACGUGGUGGAGGGUACGAACCUCAACAAUGCCACCGACAGCGCUAGCAAUGCGAAUCAGCAGAGACAGCUCAGCUCGAUCCGCGUGAGUGGGAACGGUCGCUAAGCAGCUGCAGAUAGACUGUAAAUGGAGCAACUUCUGGUGUCAGCGAAUCGUUGAACAUGGUCAGGUUGGAGCAUAUAGGGCAUGUAGGGCGAGGGAGCAGGGCGCGUGGGCGGUCCUGCAAGGGAAGAGAAGUGAUUCGGCCUGCCGUCCAGAGCCCUAGGCGGGUAGAGGAUCAACAGUCGGACGGAAUACUAUCCGCAUGCUCCACAAGCUGGCCUAACGCAAAGAAGGAUAGCUGUCCGCUUUCCCCCGAGCGCACACUCUUGGCGCACGCUGAUCUGAGCUGCCUUUCAUUCAUCUAACAGCUUGGCAAUUGGGGCUACUGUACUAAAGGAACAGGCGAGGGUGGCUUCUCCUACUGCAGCGACAACCAGGUGAGUGCUGUAGGCGAGCGCGGGCAGGAAGAAUAUCGCGUGGGGCUUUGAAGGGCAAGCUCCGAAGGACAUGCAAUUGAUCUGCUACGCAUUGUCUUUGUAGCAUGCAUACAAUGUUACUUUGAACUUGGGCUCCAACGGCACGGACGUUGCAAACCAAGAUCAAUCCGCCUACCGCUCGACUGAGAUUGGUCCUUCCUGGACCCGAGGUCUGGUGGUUGUCGUAGUCGCAUUCGUGUUCUGUGAGUGCUGCUGUCCAAACGCGAUCUUCACCGCGACGCCAUGCUCAUCUUGCUCUGGCGAUACGCAUCACUGCCACAGCCAUCAUCGCAUUUGUCCUCUCUUUCCCUCCUCACCUAAUUGUUCAGCUCGUCGCUUCUCUGAUUUGGCUGCUCACUGCCGUGCUUGCGCUCAUCGCUUUCGCCAUUCAAAUGUGAGCCGAGUUUCCAUUUGCAACGUUACCAACAGCCUCGGAUCAUUACUGACGCGUGGGUUUUGCGUUCGCGCUUGCCGCACACAGUGCCCUCUUCAUCUACACGCGUCAGCGACUGCAGCGCAUCUCUCCUGAUGCAUCUGUCAUGCCAGGGUAUGUCUGAUCUGUGCUUGCGAUUGAGCACGUUUGCUCCGUACACUGAUUCUCAUGUCGUUCCCACAGCCCCUCGUUCUACCUAACGCUCAUCUCGAUUCCUCUGUCGCUCUUCAGCGCCAUUACCGUCUGCUGCGGCUACCGCAAGACGAAGAAUGAGGACAGCUACGGCGGCUACAAGGCCGGAUCUGGGGCUAGCAAGCCUGCUAGGUUCAACCCGUUUAAGCGCAACAGAGGAGCAAAUGCUACUGAUGCGAGCGGAUCUUCCAUCCCCUUGUCCUCUCGACAGCGUGUCAUGCAAGCCUUCGAGAAGGACAACAGUCAGGCUUGA